UUUAUUUUCGAUAUUGUGGUGUAGACGACGCGCUUGUCCCCAACACACAAUUUGUAUUGUUUCAGCGUGUCUAUAUACUACUUGUUUAAAAUUUAAAUAAACAAAACUUUGAAAAAAUAAAUAAAUAAUAGAAUUUGUGUACCAGUACUUGGACAUUUUAUAAACCAAAUGAUUUUUAUUAAAUAAAUAGAAGCGUUUAGUUUUUCCAAAGUGAUUCAAGACGAAAACAAAACAAAAUGCAAGCCCAUAGCAAGAAAAGAGUUUGCUAUUACUACGACAGUGAUAUUGGGAACUAUUACUAUGGACAGGGGCAUCCCAUGAAGCCUCAUCGCAUACGUAUGACACAUAAUCUUCUUUUGAAUUAUGGACUCUACCGAAAGAUGGAAAUUUAUAGACCUCAUAAAGCUACCGCUGAUGAGAUGACUAAAUUCCACUCGGACGAAUACGUACGUUUUCUGCGGUCAAUUCGUCCUGAUAACAUGACCGAGUACAACAAACAAAUGCAACGGUUCAACGUCGGAGAAGAUUGUCCGGUAUUCGACGGUCUCUAUGAGUUCUGUCAGUUAUCCGCCGGUGGUUCCGUGGCAGCUGCCGUAAAGCUUAACAAACAAGCCUCCGAAAUUUGCAUCAAUUGGGGUGGUGGUCUGCAUCACGCCAAAAAGUCUGAAGCCUCUGGAUUUUGUUAUGUUAAUGACAUCGUGUUGGGCAUUCUGGAGUUGUUGAAGUAUCAUCAACGAGUGCUGUACAUCGAUAUCGAUGUUCACCACGGAGAUGGCGUCGAGGAGGCGUUCUACACCACCGAUCGGGUUAUGACAGUGAGUUUCCACAAAUACGGAGAGUAUUUCCCGGGAACUGGUGACCUGCGGGACAUUGGCGCCGGCAAGGGCAAAUACUACGCUGUGAAUAUUCCACUGCGCGACGGUAUGGAUGACGAGGCCUACGACUCGAUAUUCGUCCCAAUCAUAUCAAAAGUCAUGGAGACCUUCCAGCCGGCUGCAGUGGUGUUGCAAUGUGGAGCUGAUUCGCUGACAGGUGAUCGUUUGGGAUGCUUCAAUCUCACCGUCAAGGGACACGGCAAGUGCGUGGAGUUCGUGAAGAAAUACAACCUGCCGUUCCUGAUGGUUGGAGGUGGUGGCUAUACGAUUCGUAACGUUUCGCGCUGCUGGACAUAUGAGACCUCAGUAGCCCUUGGAGUAGAAAUUGCCAACGAACUGCCGUACAACGAUUACUUUGAGUAUUUCGGCCCUGACUUCAAGUUGCACAUAAGUCCCAGCAACAUGACAAAUCAGAACACCAACGAAUAUUUAGAGAAAAUUAAAAACAGACUAUUUGAGAACUUAAGAAUGCUGCCGCAUGCUCCAGGUGUGCAAAUCCAAGCGAUUCCCGAGGACGCCAUCAACGACGAGUCCGAGGAUGAAGACAAAGUCGAUAAAGACGAAAGACUGCCGCAAAGUGACAAAGACAAACGCAUUGUCCCUGAUAAUGAGUUCUCAGAUUCCGAAGACGAAGGUGAAGGUGGACGUCGAGAUCAACGUUCAUUCAAGGGACAAAGAAAACGACCGCGUUUGGAUAAAGAACAAAAAACAGAAAAUGUCGAACCUAAAGAUGAGAAGGAGAGUAAAAUGGACACAGCAGAAAGUGAGGAACCCAUUAAAACAGAUGAAACAAAGAAAGAUUCAAAUAUAUAGACAUAGACAACACAGCAAAUUCAUUUUAGUAAUUUUCUUUUUAAUUUAAUUUCACUUUGGAAGUCUAAUUUAUGUAUAAUACAAACAAAAUAGUAUUUUAUUUGUAAAACAAAAACCCAGCUUAGCAAGUCGGGGAAUUUUUUGAAAUUUCUUUAGAUUGUACUUUUAGUAAAAUAAAGAAGAAAACACAAAACAAAAA